UCUUCCUGUCUCCUCUUCUUCUUUACCUCCUCCUGUCUCCACUUCUCCUUUACCUCCUCCUCCUGUCUCCUCCUCUUCGUUACCUCCUUCUCCUCCUGUCUCCAUUUCUCCUUUACCUCCUCUGUCUAUUCAUGAUUCUCCUCAAUUUCCUUCUGCCUCAAUUUCCUCCUCUCCUCCUGUCUUUUUUACUCCUCAUAAUUCUGCCAUUCCAUCUCCUCUUUCUUGCUCCUCUCCCCCCAUCCCUCUAUCCUGCCUCUCUCCACCUUCUACUUCAGCUCCAUCUUCUCUUCCUUCUGCUCCUCCUCCAUGUUGCCCCUGCUCCUCCCUGCUGCCUCGCCUCCUCUCAGCUCACCGGUUGGAGGUGCGGCACCUGCUGCGAGGAGCUCUGGCCUCUCUCGGUCGUCGUCUGGACUCUCUGGAGAGGAGGAGCAGGAGGAAGAUGAGGAAGAAGACGAACAGGCAUAGAGGAGGAGAAGGAGGAGCAUCUUCUUCUGGUCUGGCUGCUCUCCCCUUCGGCCCCGCCUCCUCCUGUAACCCCGCCUCCAUCUCAUCAUCAUCAUCAUCAUCAGACAACAACAACUCACCCACACCUCCUCUUUCCUCUAAUUUGAGCCAAUCAGCACAGAGGAGGAGGUGGGGCAGAGGUGAGGAGGAGGAAGGGGAGGGGAGGGGGAAGAAAAGGAGGAGGAAGAACCAUAGAAGGACAGAGACACAUGAAGAAGAAGAAGAAGAGGAGGAGGAUGCUGGGAGAUUUGUGGGGCGGAUGGCGGUGUGCGUCAGAGGAGGAGGAACAGAGGAGGAGGAGGCGCCGCUCACUCUGCACAACUUCAACCACAGGAAACACAGAAGAAGAGAGGAAGGAGUAACCAGCCAAUCAGAGCACAGCGUUACCAUCAUCAGGCGGAACAGUUACACAGCACCGAUGCUGCUACACAGCUCUCCUUCCCAGAAUGCCUUUCAGCUGCUGCAGUCCGCCCAGAGCGCUCAGGCCUGCAGCCAAUCAGAAGUUCUCAGCGUCUCGUCAGGCCAAUGGCGUUUCUCUCAUUUCACCCCUGCACCCCCCCUCUUCCCCAACCACAGAGCUCUCCACCUAUGGCUCUGCUCCUCAUCCUCCUUUAGCCCCGCCCCCUUGCUGCGGCUGUCAGCAAUUGCCAUGGAGACAAUGUCAAAGCCAAUGGGAGGUGGAGAUUGUGUGAGUCCAUUGCGGCCCCUGAAGGACUGGACAGCCCCGCCCAGUCUGAGCAGCGACCACUGUUACGUGCGAUCGCCCACACCAAGCCCAAUUCUUUCCGCCUGGCGACAGCAGAAGCAGCGGGCCAAUCACAGCCCCCGGUGCCUCCCCCGGCGACAAUUGCUGCCCCUCCCUCCGUGUUCAGCCACUGGACUGUCUACUCCACUUUUGACUGGCCAAUUGGCAGCAAGCUCUGAGUUUCUCAACACAAAUGGAGAGCGUGGGAAACGAGUCUCACAGAUACGAAUCCGCCGGACGUCACCACGGGAAACGCUGCUCACACCGAUGGGACUGCCAAAGGUCAAAAGGUUAAAGAAGAAAGAGUUCAGUCUGGAGGAGAUUUACACCAACAAGAACUACAAAUCCCCCACCACCAACAGGUAAAAACUACAGAUCCCCACCACCAACAGUUAGAAACUACAGAUCCCCCACCACCAACAAG